AUACCUCCGCCUGCAAGGGGCUCUUUGAAGCAGAAUCCAUGUCUUCUCCCAGGUAAUUGAUCGCCACAGACCCGGGGACAGCCGAUACUUCACGAGAGACAUCUUCAUGUAUCAUCCCAAAGCUGUCGCCGUGCAACUGGAAGAAUGUGUGCAAGUGCUGGAGCGGCUCAGAUCGGAGGCUCGGGAUGUGUCCUCAGAGGACAAGAGCGAGGGACAGGGGUGCAGAGCUUUGCUCCCUGCAGAGUUAGGACGCCUGCUGCAGGAGGCCAAGGAAAUGCAGUGGCCCUUCGUGCCUGAGAAGUGGCAGUACAAACAGGCCAUGCGCCCUGAAGACAAAACCAACCUGCAGGACUUGAUCGGGGCCAGCCUGCAGCACUUACUGGUGGCCCUGAAAGUCAGCAUAGAGGCCGGGGACAGUGCCACAGCCGCUGCCAUCUUGUUCCUGAGUGACAGGUUCCUGUACAAGCUUGAUGCCUCAGCCCCACUGCUGCGGGUGGCCCGGGGCCUACACCGGUGGAGGCCAGCCACACCCAUUGCCCCCCAGGUGGUUAUCCGCCAGGCCAGGAUGGCAGUGCAUGCAGGAAAACUUUUGAAAGCAGAGCAUAUUCUAGGCAGUCUGAUCAGCAACAGUGGAACAACAGGCACCUGGCUAUACCAAAAUGAGAGUGACAGGGUCCUGGUGCAGUCAGUCUGCAUUCAGAUCAGAGGACAGAUUCUGCAAAAGCUGGGAAUGUGGUAUGAAGCUGCAGAAUUAAUCUGGGCCUCCAUCAUAGGCUUCCUGACUCUUCCACUGCCAGAUAAAAAGGGCAUCUCCAUGUCACUUGGAAUCCUUGCAGACAUCUUCGUGUCCAUGAGCAAAAAAGACUACGAGAAACUGAAGAACAGCCCACAGAUGAACUUGGGCCUACUGAAGGACUGGGACCAUCAUUUGCUGGCCGCCGCAGAAGCCUGCAAGCUGGCAGCUGCCUUCAGCCCCUAUACACCCUUAUUUGUGCUCACAGCCAUGAAUAUCCGUGGUACCUGCCUGCUGUCCUACAGCAGUACCCACGACUGCCCUCCAGGAAAGAAAGCUCAGUAUCUGUACGAAGCCCAGGAGGCCUUUGGAAUUGGCCUUCUCACCUGGAGAGGAGACCAAGAGCCAGCCACUGGGAAACAGGAGCUCCACAGUUUCCUCAAAGCUGCUUUUGGGCUCACCACAGUGCAUCGGCGGCUCUUUGGGGAGAGAGAGAAUGUCUACACCAUAGGGGAGAUGUGCAGGGCAGCAGUGGAGAAGCUGCACACCCUCGGCAAGGCCACAGGAAGUCCCGGGAAAGCUGAGCUCUCUCAGGAAAUCCUAGCAACAGUCAGCCGCAUAAAGGAACAUUUCCAAAGUCAGCAAUUCUCGAAGGCCAACCAGGACUGCCGGUCCUUUGUGCCAGAAAGUUUCGAGUGUGGGCUCGAGAAACUCAUCUUGCUCAGGCGAGUGGAUUUCCAGGAGGUUCUCCAAGCCCACUCGCAGCACCACGCUUCUGUGUGCCAAGUUUUCGAACGUUCUUGCGGCAGCAUCGCAGAGGAACAGAAAGGUGUGAAGGCCGGAGUGUGCGUCACGACGCUGAAGACAGAAACCCAAAGCACCGCCACGGAGGAUGGCACGCAUGAUGAAACGACAUCUAGAAAAGGUCUCCGAAAGUUGGGCUCCCCCGGGGCUGCAGGGGCUCAAGAAAAAUGGGGCAAAGAGCAGAGGGAGAACUGGGCCCAUGCACCUGCUUUCGGGGUCCCCUCUGCUCCAGAGCUAGGCUGUGCUGGAGAUGCUGCUCCGAACCGCUCUCCUAGUGGCAGCCACAGUGACGACUCCUGGAGCCGACUGUCCGAGCUCAGCCCUGACAGCAGCUGGGAAGCAGUGGGCUCUCCAGGAGGUGCCACUUCCCCGCUGGCGAGGCCUGGCCCGGAGGACACGGCGAACACCACAGCCGGCUCUGCAGAAUUUCGGGCGGGUAGUGGGGAAGGGAGCAACCAGCCGACUGGGCCUUCGGAGCUGAUGAACCUGAAAGAUUUGCGGGUUGUGGGUGUCGGUGCUUCGGUGGCAAAGGCCAAGGAGUGCUCCCGAAACGCUCCUGCUCCUCCCACACAGCCCUGUGGGCCUGCAGCCGCCCCUGCACCGACUACUUCCAGCCCGCAGGGUUCCCUGGCCACGGACUCCUCCUUCGAAGGAGCAGAAACCUUUGAACUCCUCGGCGCGUUCGCAGGUAUGCCUUGCGAGGACAGAGGCGGGCAAGGGGACGCGAGGCGAGAAGGAACCUCCCGGGGAGGCCCCGGCCGCACCCGCAGGCUCCGCUCCGGCUGGGUGGACCCCGAAGAGGAAACAGCGGAAAGCACGUCCGAAGUGCCCGUGUGCGGCAAGCACUCGCAGGACCCUCCCGGAGGCUGCCCCGCGGUGGGGGACAGCUCUCUCGCUCUGGGCAGGCCUGCUGGGCCCCCGACGUCCGAGGGCAGCACCGGCGGAGCCUGGGGGCUGCAGGGCGCCCACCUCGGCACGUCCACGGUGGGUCCCAAAGGCGUGGACGGGCCUUGGGAGCGCAGACCCGGCUCUCACGGGCUCCGCGCUCCGGCACACGGAAAGGGCCGCGUCCCUGUGGGCCUGGACGAAGACGGCACCACGGAGGAAGGAGCCCGGGGCCCAGACGCGGGUUCCCCUGCGCGUUCCAGCGCUUCUCCCGACGUGGAAAGCCCGAGCUCCUUGCUCAGCGCCAGCGCCAGCGCCAGUUCUUUCGUCUCCCUGCCCGAGCCCACCCGGCCCGAAGUGCAGGCGGCGCUGGAGAAGCGCGCGCUGCAGCCCCAAGACUUGGAAAAGCUCCUGGCCGGGGUGCGGCGCGACUGGCUGUUCCGGAGACUGGCUGGCACCGGGCUGGUUGGGGAGCCCCCGCUGCACAAAGCGCACCAUGCUCUUCUGUUAAAAUAUUCCAAGAAAUCCGAAUUGUGGAUGGCCCAAGAAACGGUGGUUUAUUUGGGGGACUAUCUGAAUGUGAAGAAGGAAGGCAGGCAGAGAAAGGCUUUCUGGGUUUACCAUCUUCAUCAAGAAGAAACUCUAGGGAGGUAUGUCGGGAAAGAAUACAAGAAACCCAGGGGAAUCUGGCAGCACUUUGCCGAUGUGGAGCGGCAGAUGACAGCCCAGCACUACGUGACUGAGUUUAACAAGAGACUUUAUGAGCAUAAGGUCCCCACACAGAUCUUCUAUAUCCCCUCCACAGUAGUGUUGAUUUUGGAAGGUAUGACAAUCAAGGGAUGUAUCAGCGUGGAGCCUUACAUUCUCGGAGAAUUUGUCAAACUGUCAAAUAAUAAGAGUGUGGUGAAAACAGAGUACAAAGCCACAGAAUAUGGGCUGGCUUAUGGCCAUUUUACUUAUGAAUUUUCCGAUCACCAAGAUGUCGUGGUUGACCUACAAGGCUGGGUGACAGACAAUGCCAAGGGUCUCAUUUACCUCACAGACCCCCAAAUCCACUCUGUAGGCCAGAAAGGCGUCUGCUCCAACUUUGGCAAGAGGGGUGUGUCCUACUUCUUUAAUGACCAGCAUGCAAAAUGCAAUGAAAUUUGCCACCUGCUUGCUCUGACAAGACCGACCAUUGACUAAUUUACCCAACUCCACCCCCGACUCCUAACAAGACGGACCCCAAUGCAGUCACCCACUGCUGUGUCUCAUCCUUCUAGGCCUGCGAAGUUCCAUCCGGUGAUUUAUGAGAAAAACCAGCCACUUUCACUUCAUUUUAUUUUGUCUAAUCUU